GCUGGUCAACUCUUUCAAAUUAACCGCUAAACACGCUUUAUCUUUCAAACACUCGCAAAAAAAUAAAUUAUAAAUAUCCAAAUUUCAUUUCAAUUCUUUCAGUUUCCUUCAUUUUACUUUUUAGCGACAACAAAACAAAUAUUUUCUCAUUUUUGCCGCCGCUAAUUAACAGAAAACAACCAAAACUACACCAUAUGGAGGUAGAAGCCGAAUCAGAAACCAAAAAAAACCUAACAAAAAAAUCCUCCUCGUUCCGCCUCCGUAGCAACAGUCUAAACUCCGUCCGCCUCCGCCGCAUUUUCGACCUUUUCGACAAAAAUGGCGACGGGAUGAUCACGGUGGAAGAUCUCAGCCAAGCCCUAAACUUAUUAGGGCUAGACGCUGAUUUUUCUGAACUUGAAUCCACCAUUAGGUCUCACAUGAAGCCAGGUAAUGACGGACUUGGAUACGAAGAAUUCGUGGAGCUUCACCGGUCGUUGGACGAGGCGUUCUUGAGCUACGACGACGAACUGGAGGCGGAUGGUGACGGAGUUGAUCCAAUGACGCAGGAGGAGUCUGAUUUAUCGGAGGCGUUUAAGGUGUUUGAUGAAGACGGUGACGGUUAUAUCUCUGCUCAUGAAUUGCAAGUGGUUUUGAAGAAACUUGGCAUGCCGGAGGCGAAAGAAAUAGCAAGAAUUGAGCAGAUGAUCUGCUCCGUUGAUCGGAAUCAUGAUGGUCGUGUUGAUUUCUUUGAGUUUAAAGAUAUGAUGAGAAGUGUUCUUAUUCGCAGCAAUUGAUGAUAAUUAAUUUCUUCAUAUAUAUAUAUCUUCUUUUUGUUUCAUUUUGAUUUCUUUAAUUUGGUUUUUUGUUUUGUUUUGUUUUCUUGGGAUUUCUUUAAUUUGGUAGUGAAGAUUGAAGAAAAAUUCACGAUCGUUAGGUUUUGUAUACAAAACUAUUUGUAUAAUUGGAAAUACCAAUUUGAUAAUCAGAAUUGUAUAUUUCUUCACAAUUGGCUUAGUGAAUUGAUUUUUAUGUUAAUAAUGUUGAGGACCA